AUGUGGAUUCGCCUGGCCUCUUCCGAAACCACAUCCCGUGUCAAUGCUCUGGGAAGCCCAAUGGCCACGGCACGAAAAAUCGAGCUGUCCACCUCUGACUCCGGGGUCUACUCCACCGGGGUCAGAGAGGACGCUGCUCGAGCUGCUAGCCAAGUCUUACAGGAGAAUCUAGAGAAGCACCACAUGUACUUCAACGAUUCCGGGUUUCAUAACCAUAUCGUCCACCAUAUCCUAACCAUCUUUGCCCUUGGGGCUUCCCCGGACGAGAUCAUGGCUGCGUAUGAGCGAAAUAAGGCUUACCAGCGGCCUGCUUUACCGGCCAAUGAGAGCGUGGUUCAGUCCUUGUAUGACCAGGCUCGGUUCAAAGAUUGUCUUGGGAAACGAGAUAAUUACCCCAAUUUCUUGGAAUUUUUCCAGCGUGAGAUUGAAAAAAAGGGCGUUGAAAACGUGAUUAACCAAUACAUUUUCGCCGGAGAUGAUAUCGCGGAAGAUAUGCUUGUGAGAUUGUUUGGAGGUCUCAUUCAUCCACUCAUCCACUUGGGGUUCGGGAUUGAGUUCAAUCAGCCUGCCAUCGUAGCAGAGGCCCUUGCUCAAGCUGCUACUCAUGAGGACUGGACUGGCCCAAUGUUCCUCCUACCCGCUGAAAAAGCAGCAGGGGGUAUUGGCAAACCCGGAAAGAAAGCAUUGCUGCAGAUUCUAGAGGAAAUACGCAGCGACGAGAAAUUGGCCAAUUCCGCACAUUGGGACGAUGGGAAUAGGAUGAAGGACGGCGUCCUUGUACGGGCACCAGAUGAAAUGAUCAAACAUGCUGCAGAAUUCACCAUCUCCGAGGAUCAAAUGGAAGAAAAGCUUGUUGAAAUAGUCAACACGGUUGCCUACUUCACAGCUACUGCUCAACGACCAUCCAAGCAGGUUAAGUUUGACUUCUUCUAUAUACAUGGCAUGAAUGCGUCGAUAUUCCUCGUCAAGUUCAUCUCGCUUCCGUGGCUAGAUGUGCGCUCCAAGCUACGUCUCCUCGAAUGGAAAGGACGAUUGAACCUGUUGCUAUAUGUAUCUCGCAAUACACCCGAGCUGUACCUCAACGAUGUUAUUGAGUAUCAAGCUUCGAGGACUUGGGCGGAUAUUUUCGCAUAUGCCAAUGCACACCCAAGGGAUGAUGGACACAUUAGCAAAUUGACAAGAGCCGUAGCGAUCGGAGAGAGAAUCUGCCGUCCUUACGAGGCCCAAGCCAAAAAUUUGGGAUUGACGAUCACCGGCGAUAUGUGGCUGAAGAUCGGGAAUAUGGACCCUUCUGCUGGGGAGGAACCAACCAUGGCAGGUGACGACAAUGCAAACCGCGACAGAGACCCGUCCGCGCAGAGCUCCCAACUAUGGCCCGAUGACGACAAUCCGUUUGUUGCUUUCCGUCGCUUUGCCGACGAACAGAUUUCCUCCGUGUUACAGUCAUCCCAUCCUACCAGAAGACAGAGUCCGCCUCACGAUCCCUUCGAUAUCGAUUUCUUUUUCGAUUCCUUCUUCGACAAGUUCUGGUUUGAUGACCGCGUUUCUUCCCGCUUCUUCCAUCCGUACAAUAGGCCCCUCUUCUCAAGCAUGGUAAAUGAUGAAUCUCCGGCUUGGCCUGUGACCUACCUCAUGUUCAGUCCUUACUCCCCUCUGCAUCUGGAGCGUCAGGCACAAUAUCGGUCCAGUCGCGAACACGGAGUGUUCUCAUCUCUCAUGUCUACUCUGAACCUUUCUGCUGAACAUGAUCCCGCGGAGCCCCAGUGGCGGGAGGCUUUUGAGGAUCUUUUGCGACUUGAAAACGGAAAGCCUAUGCUCGACAGGGACCCUGCAGACGUCAGCAAGAGGGAAUCGGGGAAGGACUGGUUGCAGGGGCUGGUCAAACGUGGUAGUCUUGGGGAUCGCUUCAAGUACAUCUCUGGAACAGAAGGCCGGCCAUGGUCGACUAUCACGUUCGAUAACUCGAAGAACAUGGAAGACAGCCACAGUCUGGCCGAAAAGGAAGCCUUGAGUGAUAGUGCAAAGGCAGAAAUUAGUUGGGGUGAUGCUGAGCCUGACUCAGUAACAGAACUAGAUAUGUACGACCGUUUCCUUGCGGACAUCGAAGCUCGUGAGCGGGAGUUCUUCAACGAUGCACACGAAAGUCCUCUCCUACGCCUUCUCUUGGAAGACAGAUACAGAGCCGCAGAUAACAGAGCAUCAUUAAAGCAAGCAAACUGGGUUGAAGAUACAGAAAGCAGCCUAGGCCGGGUGCCUGGCGAAAACCAGAAGACUGUCUCAAAGACAGACUCUCAAUCGGCCACGGAUGCAUCUCCUGCGGAGACCGACAAGUCAGUGGCCGAGAAAAGUUCAUACGUCAUAUCCACCAAAACUUCAACAGAGCGUAUCCGACUACCUGAUGGAUCGAUUCAGACAAAGACAGUAAAGACUCAGCGGUUCGCAGAUGGCCGGGAAGAGAGCAAUGAAUCUGUCGAGGUGGUCAAUCCUUCUCAGGUUAGUCGGGAACUUACUAGUCUAGAGGGAGCCCCAUCUGAUGGGAAACCGAGCGGUUGGUUCUGGAAGGGUGAAUAA